GCGGGUCCUGCGAGCUCCCUGAGCUCGGCGGGGGGGUCGGGUAGGUGAUGGCUCCCGGGAGGGGGAGCCGGGCCGCCGGCGCCGCGCAGGCGCCACCAUGGUGAGGAGCAGGGCGCUGUGGAGCUGCUGCCUGGAGCUCCUGGCGCUGCCUUCAGCGGCUGGUGGUUUGUCAGGUAGGCGGCAGCAGCAGCCGCGUAACGGCUCCUGCUGGGGAGUCGCGGCGCAGCCGGGGGAGAGGAGCCGCCGCCGAGCCAUGGAGGAGGACGACGAGGAGAGCGCCCAGGCGCAGCCCGAGCGCUCUUCAUCAGAAGACAUGGAUGAGAAGGCAGAUGAAGAGCAACCUUUAACUGCAUGUAACCAGUACCCUAAGGAGGCAGUAAGGAAACGACAAAAUUCAAGUCGAGGUUCCAGAGGCAGUGACUCCUCCAGGACGUCCAGAAAAAGCUUCAGAUUGGAUUACCGAUUAGAGGAAGAUGUAACUAAAUCAAAGAGAGAUAAAGAUGGAAAGUUUGUCAACCCUUGGCCAACAUGGAAAUCUCCAUCCUUGCCAAAUAUUUUGAAAUGGGCCCUUGUGGAAAAAAAUAACAGCAACAUCCCAUCUUCAAAACAGGAACUUGAUAAAGAGCUUCCUGUGUUAAACCCUUACUUCAUUCCAAACCCUGAACUAGUUGGUAAGACUGGAACUGGCAUGCGAGUCACAUGGUUAGGACAUGCCUCAGUUAUGGUGGAAAUGGAUGGACUCGUAAUUCUUACUGACCCAAUCUUCAGCCAGCGGGCUUCCCCAGCACAGUUUGUGGGUCCAAAACGUUUCCGAGGACCUCCAUGCACAGUAGAUGAGCUCCCAAAAAUAGAUGCAGUGAUGAUCAGCCACACCCACUAUGACCAUUUGGACUAUAAUACUGUAGAGAGUUUAAACAAGCGUUUUGGCACUGAGUUGAGAUGGUUUGUGCCUCUGGGUCUUUUAGAAUGGAUGCAGAAAUGUGGCUGUGAAAAUGUGAUUGAACUGGACUGGUGGGAAGAGAACUGUGUCCCCGGUCAUGACGCAGUUACUUUUGUCUUUACCCCGUCUCAACACUGGUGCAAGAGGACUGCAACAGAUGACAACAAGAUUCUUUGGGGCAGCUGGUCUGUCUUGGGGCCCUGGAAUAGGUUUUUCUUUGCAGGAGAUACUGGUUACUGUGUUGCUUUUGAAGAGAUAGGCAAAAGAUUUGGACCUUUUGAUCUUGCAGCUAUUCCCAUUGGAGCUUAUGAGCCAAGGUGGUUUAUGAAAUACCAGCAUGUGAAUCCUGAAGAAGCUGUAAGAAUUCAUAUUGAUGUUCAGACAAAGAAGUCUGUAGCGAUUCAUUGGGGAACCUUUGCUUUAGCAAAUGAGUAUUACUUGGAUCCUCCAGUUAAACUGAAUGAAGCCCUUGAAAGAUAUGGCUUGAAACCUGAGGAUUUCUUUGUCUUGCACCAUGGAGAAUCACGAGACUUGAAUAUAAAUGAUGAUGGAUUUGAAUAAUUUAAAAAAAUCUGGCAAUUCUUUGAGCCUUGUUUUGAUAUGUACUAGGAAACAAUGAAAAGAUUGAUAGCUUCAUAACCCUAUAAUGAAAUUUUCUAAAAAUUUGUACUGGAUUUUUAGACUCCAGGUUUGUUAAUUUCAGAGGUAAAAAUUGUAUACCUGCUUGAUCAUACAGUUGCUUAGAAACUGAAUGGCAUAUUGAGAGAUGAUUUAAACACUAGCUAAUGUACAAGGCAUUAAUUGUCUAGAAAUACCUUGUAAUUUCAACUAUGUACAUCAACCAAAAAAUGCUUUAUUUUAACUUUUUCAUAUAUGGUUUUAUGGGGUGGAGUCUUCCAACUGGUGUGAAAGCAUGUUUAAAGUAAAAUACUGAUUUUACUGAAUGCCUGUAUGUUUGCAUUUCAUGAGAAACUAAAAAUGAUCUAAAGAAAUGUGCCUUUUUAAAGAGAGAUAUUACUUAAGAUUUGCAUCAUUAAUGCAUAAUUACUGCUGGCCAGAAUAUCUGUACUCUUUCAUUGUUUUAAAAUUAUUCUUUAUCAUAGAUCUAAAUAUUUCUAUUGUUUUGAGAUUGGUUUUCCUUGUCAAAUACGGUACAUAAACUCAUUUUGCUCCUAUCUGAAGUCAUGAUUCAGCCUUUUAUUUCUGUAUUUUUUUUCAAAUAAGCAGAGGCACUGAUGGCAUUGUCUCAAAUACGGGCUAUAGAAGACUUUUCACAGCUUCCAUAUGGUUUUACUAAGCAUGCUGUGGGAUUAUAAAAUUUGUGCAGUAUUGUAAAACUUGGCAAAAUGCAUCUGUAUUCAAUUGCCAUACCGACUUACAAAAUAAAGUCUAUUAUUGCCAGGAAAA